CUGGCUCGUGAAUAAAUACUGUCUUUUAAGGUCGCUGGGCAGAAGUUUCAGUUGCAAUCUGAUUAUCUUGUGUGUUGGAUAAUGCGGUCUUUAUUAGCUCUGAUUGCUUUGUUCUCUGUAGUUCUUAGUGUUUCUGGCUUUAAAAAGUGGACAGAUCUCCAGCCUGCAUUAACUUUGGAUGGCCUGCCCGAGCAGCAAGUUGUUGAAGACAAAGUGUUUAAUACUGCAAAGGUUGAUCUGCUCUCUGAUAUUAACGCAGCUUGGAGUUUUUUCAAAAUUCAUUUCAAGAGAGUUUAUGAUAGUGUUCAUGAGGAAGCGAGACGAUUCUUUAUUUUUGGGGCUAAUUUUGUCACGAUGAUGGAGCACAAUCGCGCAUACCAAGAAGGCAAGGUAUCAUACCAGAUGGGUAUCAAUGAAUUUAGUGAUAAAACAGACCAUGAGCUGAAGAAUUUACGUGGAUACAAAGUCACCCAUCGCGUUACCAAAGCUAGAGGAUCAACGUAUAUCCGAUCGGAACAUACAAAACCCCCACCGAAGGUUGAUUGGCGGAGGGAAGGAGCUGUUACCGAAGUAAAAAAUCAAGGUCGGUGUGGUUCGUGUUGGGCAUUCUCCUCAACUGGAGCCAUAGAAGGUCAACAUUAUCUUAAAACUAAACGUCUAGUUAGUAUUUCCGAACAGCAAUUGAUUGAUUGUAGCAAGAGUUACGGAAAUAAUGGUUGUGGAGGUGGUCUCAUGAACUUGGCAUUUGAAUAUGUCCAAGAAAAUGGGGGGAUAGACUCUGAAAUUUCCUAUCCAUAUAUGUCUGGUGAUGGAGAAGAUAGUAUGCAAUGCCAUUUCAAUGCCACAAACAUUGUGGCUCAGGUUACGGGCUAUUUUAGUAUAGAGGAAGGUGAUGAGCGUGCGCUGAUGGAUGCAGUAGCUACGAAAGGUCCUAUUUCAGUUGCCGUUAAUGCGGGUCUUCCUAGUUUCUCUGCUUACAAAUCAGGUAUAUAUUCAGAUCCUAAUUGUAAAGGUGGGCCAGAUGACCUUGAUCAUGGUGUUCUGGUGGUGGGUUAUGGAGAAGAAAAUGGUCGCUCAUAUUGGCUUGUAAAGAAUAGUUGGGGUGAAGAUUGGGGUGAGAACGGUUAUAUUAAAAUCUUAAAGGAUUCAAAAAACAUGUGUGGUAUUGCUACUGCGGCUUCAUAUCCUCUGGUAUGAAACAGUUUUUCAAAGAAAUCAAUGUUUUAAGACUGAUCCAUGGAAUCUCUUUUUUAAUUUUAUACGGGACUGAUUUAAUGUACAUAAUGUACAUCCUAUUGAUAAUUUAUUUAUAUUCCCUUUUUUAUAAUUUGUUUGAAAUCAAUAUGUGAUUUUUUCUGCUCAUACCUUUAUUUUUUUCCACAAUCAGGUAGUUGAUUGAUUGAUUAUCGUCUUAAAUAAUAACAGCUUUCAUAGAUUAAAAGUCAUAUAAUCUCAAUAAAGAUAGUUAUCAUUUUAA